AAAAAAAAAAAAAUACUCUCAUCCUGAUUAAAAGUAAUGGAGAAAAGUAAAGAAAGAAAGAAAGAAAGAAAUGAAAAAGAAAAAUGUGUUGGGAUAGCUUAACGCAAUUAGCAAUAGCAAUGGCAAUAGUAAUAGCAAUACCAAUAGCAAUAGCAAUGCAAUGCAAUGCAAGCUCAUCAGAGAUUAUUGAUAAUAUGGUUAAUGGAAUGUUUAUUAAAAAGAAAAAGAAAAGAAAAUCAGUUCCUGCAGUCACCGCAGUCAAGGGACUUUUUUUUUUCUGUGCGCGAUUUUGCAAAUUGCAAAGUGAAGUGUGGCCACAUGGCCCAAUUCCUCUUUUCUGGUUAGUAGUACAUGGAGCGAUUAAUCGGGCAUUACGGAAAGGGCAGCUUAGUAUAGACAUAAUAUAAUUGGGGCAAAAAAAAAAAAGAGAGACAUUAUUAAUCAUCCGUAACGCAAUUAACUUUGAUAAAGUCGUCUUUAGAAAGAAG